UGGCCGCCGGGUUUGUUGAGGGCGAAGCGCUGAAAGCCGCCGUCUCUCCCUUUCCCGUCCUCUGACAGCGCCCGCGGCAAAGCGGGUCCUUUCCGUUCGAGCUGUAGGCGCGGUCCUCGGGCCGCGUUAUGAGACGGUUUUGCAAUAAAGAGAACUACAACUUUUCGUGAAAAUGUCAGUUCUGAUAUCACAGAGUGUAAUAAAUUAUGUGGAAGAGGAAAACAUUCCUGCCCUGAAAGCUCUUCUAGAAAAAUGCAAAGAUGUAGAUGAGAGAAACGAGUGUGGCCAGACUCCACUGAUGAUAGCUGCUGAACAAGGCAACUUGGAAAUAGUGAAAGAAUUAAUUAAGAAUGGAGCUAAUUGCAAUCUGGAAGAUUUGGAUAACUGGACAGCACUGAUCUCGGCAUCAAAGGAAGGGCACGUGCACAUUGUGGAGGAACUGCUGAAAUGUGGGGUCAACUUGGAGCACCGCGACAUGGGAGGAUGGACCGCUCUCAUGUGGGCAUGUUACAAAGGCCGCACCGAAGUGGUCGACCUGCUGCUUUCUCAUGGCGCCAAUCCGAGCGUCACUGGUUUGCAGUACAGUGUUUACCCCAUUAUUUGGGCAGCAGGGAGAGGCCAUGCGGAUAUAGUGCAUCUUUUACUGCAAAAUGGCGCUAAAGUCAACUGCUCGGAUAAGUAUGGAACUACUCCUCUGGUUUGGGCUGCACGGAAGGGUCAUUUAGAAUGUGUAAAACAUUUAUUGGCCAUGGGAGCUGAUGUUGAUCAAGAAGGAGCUAAUUCAAUGACUGCACUGAUUGUGGCAGUAAAAGGAGGCUACACUCAGUCAGUGAAGGAGAUUUUGAAAAGAAACCCAAAUGUAAAUUUAACCGAUAAGGAUGGAAAUACAGCUUUGAUGAUUGCAUCAAAGGAGGGUCAUACGGAGAUUGUACAGGAUCUGCUCGAUGCUGGAACAUACGUGAACAUACCUGAUAGGAGUGGAGAUACCGUGUUGAUUGGUGCUGUCAGAGGUGGUCAUGUAGAAAUCGUUCGAGCACUUCUCCAGAAAUAUGCUGAUAUAGACAUUAGAGGACAGGACAACAAAACUGCUUUAUAUUGGGCUGUAGAGAAAGGGAAUGCGACGAUGGUGAGAGAUAUCUUACAGUGCAAUCCUGACACUGAAAUAUGCACAAAGGAUGGUGAAACACCGCUUAUAAAGGCCACCAAGAUGAGAAAUAUUGAGGUAGUGGAGCUGUUGCUAGAUAAAGGAGCUAAAGUAUCGGCCGUGGAUAAGAAAGGAGACACGCCUUUGCAUAUUGCUAUCCGUGGGAGGAGUCGCAAACUGGCAGAACUUCUUUUAAGAAAUCCCAAAGAUGGAAGGUUACUUUAUAGGCCCAACAAAGCAGGCGAGACUCCCUACAACAUUGACUGUAGCCAUCAAAAAAGUAUUUUAACUCAGAUAUUCGGAGCCAGACACUUGUCUCCUACUGAGACCGACGGUGACAUGCUCGGUUACGACUUGUAUAGCAGUGCCCUGGCAGACAUUCUCAGUGAGCCUACCAUGCAGCCGCCCAUCUGUGUGGGGCUGUAUGCACAGUGGGGAAGUGGCAAAUCCUUCUUACUCAAGAAACUAGAAGAUGAAAUGAAGACUUUUGCCGGACAACAGAUUGAGCCUCUUUUUCAGUUUUCCUGGCUUAUAGUAUUUCUGACUUUGAUGCUCUGUGGAGGGCUCGGUUUACUGUUUGCUUUUACAGUUGACCUGAAUCUUGGAAUAGCAAUAUCAUUGAGCUUCUUGGCUCUCUUAUAUAUAUUUUUUAUCGUCAUUUACUUUGGUGGCCGGAGGGAAGGAGAGAGUUGGAAUUGGGCCUGGGUCCUCAGCACCAGAUUGGCGAGACACAUUGGCUACUUGGAGCUGCUCCUCAAGUUGAUGUUUGUGAACCCGCCUGAGCUGCCGGAGCAAACCACAAGAGCUUUACCUGUGAGGUUUUUGUUUACAGAUUACAACAGGCUGUCCAGUGUAGGCGGAGAAACAUCGAUGGCUGAAAUGAUCGCGACUCUGUCGGAUGCUUGUGAGAGAGAGUUUGGCUUUUUGGCAACCAGGCUCUUUCGAGUAUUCAAGACUGAAGAUACACAGGGCAAAAAGAAAUGGAAAAAAACGUGUUGCCUCCCAUCUUUUGUCAUCUUCCUUUUUAUCUUUGGCUGCAUUAUUGCUGGAAUUACUCUCCUGGCUAUCUUCAGAGUUGACCCAAAACAUCUGACGGUGAAUGCCGUCCUCAUAUCUAUUGCGUCGAUAGUGGGGUUGGCCCUCGUGCUGAACUGUCGUACGUGGUGGCAGGUGCUGGACUCUCUCCUGAAUUCUCAAAGGAAACGCCUCCAUAAUGCUGCCUCCAAACUGCACAAGCUGAAAAGUGAAGGAUUCAUGAAGGUUCUUAAGUGUGAAGUGGAAUUGAUGGCCAGGAUGGCGAAGACCAUCGACAGCUUCACUCAGAACCAGACAAGGCUGGUGGUCAUCAUCGACGGACUAGAUGCCUGUGAGCAGGACAAAGUGCUCCAGAUGCUGGAUACUGUCCGAGUUCUGUUUUCAAAAGGCCCAUUCAUUGCCAUUUUUGCAAGUGAUCCACAUAUUAUUAUAAAAGCAAUUAACCAGAACCUGAAUAGCGUGCUUCGUGACUCGAACAUAAAUGGACACGACUAUAUGCGCAAUAUAGUUCAUUUACCCGUUUUCCUUAAUAGUCGUGGACUGAGCAAUGCAAGAAAAUUUCUUGUAACUUCAACAACAAAUGGGGACAUUCCGUGCCCCGAUACUGCAGGGAUACAGGAAGAUGCUGACAGAAGAGUUUCACAAAACAGCCUUGGAGAGAUGACUAAACUUGGUAGCAAGACAGCCCUUAAUAGACGGGAUACUUACCGAAGAAGGCAGAUGCAGAGGACCAUCACUCGGCAGAUGUCCUUCGAUCUUACGAAACUGCUGGUUACUGAGGACUGGUUCAGUGACAUAAGUCCUCAGACUAUGAGAAGAUUGCUUAAUAUUGUUUCUGUGACAGGGCGAUUACUGAGAGCCAAUCAGAUUAGUUUCAACUGGGACAGGCUUGCUAGCUGGAUCAAUCUUACUGAGCAGUGGCCAUACCGAACUUCAUGGCUCAUAUUAUAUUUGGAAGAGACUGAAGGGAUUCCAGAUCAAAUGACACUGAAAACCAUCUAUGAAAGGAUAUCAAAGAAUAUUCCAACAACUAAAGAUGUUGAGCCACUGCUUGAAAUAGAUGGAGAUAUAAGAAACUUUGAAGUGUUCUUGUCUUCAAGGACCCCAGUUCUUGUGGCUCGAGACGUAAAAACCUUUUUGCCAUGCACUGUAAACCUAGACCCCAAACUACGGGAAAUUAUUGCAGAUGUUCGUGCUGCGAGGGACCAGAUUAAUAUCGGCGGACUUGCAUACCCCCCGCUGCCUUUACACGAAGCUCCUCCAAGGCCACCGUCAGGCUACAGUCAGCCUCCGUCUGUCUGUUCUUCUUCCACUUCCUUCAACGGACCGUUUGGAGGUGGGGUCGUGUCUCCACAGCCUCACAGCAGCUAUUACAGUGGGAUGACGGGACCCCAGCAUCCAUUCUACAACAGGCCAUUCUUUGCCCCCUACCUUUACACGCCAAGGUAUUACCCUGGCGGCUCCCAACACCUCAUCUCACGUCCAUCAGUAAAAACGAAUUUGCCCAGAGAUCAAAGCAAUGGCCUACCGUGUGACUCUGGGUUUAACAAACAAAGACAGGUACAGAAACUUUCAGUGAAAUCUUCUUACUCACUUUUCUCAUUAGACUAUUAGAAGCAGCCAUUGGCACCUCGCGCUGGGCUGUUGAUACACCUGUGCUUAUUUCAGUGCCCGAGUUUGUUUGAAUAGCCGCUUUUAGCCUUUGCAUGGCUCUCAUUCUGGCUAAUCGCUUCUAAGCUUAUUGAAUAAAUUUACCAAAACGAUAGUGUCUCAGAGUGUAGUUUUAAUCUACUUACAAUAUAAGAUAAUAUAGUUGCAUCAAGGCAAUUUCAGUCUGUUCUGUUAGCUUUACUUUUCCCUAAAGAAAUUCUGACUUGUGUGCGUUUUGAAGUUUAUAUUUAACAGUUUAAACAAACUAACAUCUUUUGUAUUCAAAUAUCUGCAUUAGAAAUGUUUUAAAAAUAAAUUGUGAUAUAUGUUGAAAUGAUCUGUUCUAGACUGAUAGCUGAUAUAUUUCAAAUAAGAAUGCAUGAUAAACUUUAGAAUAUUACCAUUCCGUAUUUUGUCAAAGUAAUGUAAUUGGUUUUCUAUUCAUUUACCUGUUGAAUUAUUAAGUACUCUUUUUCCUUAUCACUUUGGUAGUCUUUGUCCUUUUAUGAGGUUUCCAUCCAAAAAUCAUUAUUUUGAUUACUAAGACUCAUUUGGUUUCAAAAUAAUUGUAUUAUAUGUGAUUAUUUUAAAUGUAUGUUUGUUUAUUUGGAGAGAGAGCGCAUAUGCCUGUACCUGUGCGGCGGGGAGGGUCAGAGAGAGAGGGAAAGAGAGAAUCUCAAGCAGGCUCCGCACGGUUAGCAUGGAGCCCCACAUGGGGCUCGAUCUCACAAACCUGUGAGAUCACGACCUGAGCGGAAAUUAAAGGUUGGAUCCUUAACUGACUGAGCACCCACACGCCCCUAUAUGUGAUUAUUUUAGAAAAGACCUGGCAGGUAAUUACCAUUUCUCCAAUGUAACAUAUUUUAAUUUAUUGAUAAUUUACUCCUCAUCUUGAAAAAGUCCUACCUACAUAUAACCAGGAGUCAGACUCUGGCUUUGGGAUCUUAUGAUCAUGUGUGUGUUUAGCUUUUCUUAUAAAGCUUCUAAAAGUCAUUCAGAGAGUAUAUAUUUUCUGCAUCAUCCCCAGUGAUACAGAAAUUAUGUUUUAAAAUAAUUGAUAAAAUGCAAACAUUUUAAAGGUGCAUAAAAGUAAAAUUAUGUGGAACUUUGUUUUUUCGAAGGACAACAGUGGUAUCUAUCGGCAUUGCUCUAUCGCUGAGCUCCCAGAUUCUCUGUGGAAAUAAGAUACUCUAAAAGUUUACGUUUCCCCCCGAGCUGACAGAGUUAAUUUGUUCCAUGUCUAUGAUACUUUUCCUUUUUAGCAUAGUCAGAAAUAGAGUUUUGGGGGGAUUAAAAAAACCUUUUUACUUUAAAAUAAUUUUAGACUUAAAGAAAAGGUAUAAAAAUAGUAUUCCCUUCGUGUUAACAUCUUUCAUGACUGUAGCAUACUGUUUAAGAGCAGAAGUUAAAAUCGGUACGAUACUGUUAACUACCUACAGACUUUGAAUUUCACCGGUUUUCCACUAAUGUCGUUGUUCUGGCCCAAGAGCCAAUCUAGUUGUGUUUGUUUAUAUUUCUCCUUAGAGUUCUCUGAUCUGUGACAGUUCCUUGGUCCUUCCUUGUCUUUCAUGACCUUGAUUAUCGCUUCUGAAGAAUACCGGUCAGGUCUUUUACAGACUGUCCCUCUGUUUGGGUUUCUCAGCUGGAGGUUAUAUGUCUCUGGUAAGAGACCCACAGGGGUGGUGCCAUGCCCUUCUCCGCGCAUCCUGUUAGAGGGUCUGUGCUGGGCCGGAGUCUUACUGCUGCUAAUGCUAACCUUAAUCGCUUGGGUAAGGCGGCCUCUGCCAGGUCUCAACACUGUAAAGUUGUAUUUUCCCCUUUUUAACGAAUAAAUAUCGUGGGAGAGAUACUUUGAUACUCUGCAAAUAUCCUGUUUCUACUCAUACUUUUGCCCAUUAAGUUCAGUACACGUGGAUGCAUCUUAGAUACAGCCACUCUUGUUGUGGUGCUUUCUUCAUGGUAACUUUCUGUUUCUUUCUUCUACAAUUAUUAAUUCAAUUCUAUUAGGAAAAGCUGUCUUUUUAUUCCUCAAUUAUUUAUUCAGUUACUUAUUUUCACUUAAUUAUUUCACUUAUUCAGUUGUUCCUUUAUAGCAGUAUGGACUCAUUCUAUACAGAAUAAGUUAUAAUCCAUUAUGAUAAUUAUUUUGUUGAUCAAGCUGUGACUUUUGUACCAAGAAUAUGUAAAGCAUAAAUGCAUCCAGAGAGAAGAGACAGGUUAAGGAAUAAAAACGUUUGGAAGGCAACAAUGAAGACCAUUUAAAAGAUGAAUAUCAUUCACCAGUAAAAACAAUGAAGUGCCUACGCACGCCGUGACACGGAUGAACCUUGAAAACAUGAUCCUAACUGAAGGAAGCCAGACACAAAGGGUCACAUGUUGUGUGGCUCCAUUUAUAUAAAAAGUCCCGGAUAGGCAGGUCUAGAGACAGAAAGAUUAGGAGUUGACAGGGGUUGGGAAUGGAUGUUGAAGGGUGCAGAAUGACUACUAACGGGUACAGGGAUUUCUUUUUAGGGAUAUGAAAAUGUCGCAAAAUGGAUUGUGGUAAUGGUUUUACAACUAUGCAAGUAUACUAAAAACCACUGAAUCAUCUACUUUUAAAGGGAGAAUUGUAGGGUAUGUGAAUUAUAUCUCGAUAAAGCUGUUUAAAAGGAAAGGAAGAUAAAACAAAUAUGGUUAUUAAGAAUUCAUAAAAAGCAUUUUAAAUUUGUAUAGUAGAUACUGGAUAAUUAGCAUGUUGAAUAUUGGCUAUACUCAUCCAGGCAGAAAAUAGAACUAUGUAUAGAGAUAGGAAAACCAAAUUAUGGAAAUACUAGUGUUUUGCUGUUAGUAUUUUUUGAAGCAGUUGUACCUCGGACCGUAUAAUAUAUGCAUGUUUCAAAUUUACAUUUAAUUAAAAACAAACUCUGAGUAAACAUGUUUGGUGCAGUAUAUUCCAAGUCAUUAACUUCCAAACUUUUAUGGGUCCGUCUCAUACUUGUUAACUUGCAGAGAUUCCCUAACUGUCAUAAAAUUAAUACUCCAACUCCCUGUUCAAUACGGUCUCAUUCCCUAGCUAUAUUUAUAUAUAAUAAAGAUAUGUGCUGUGUAUAUGUUGUUUGUGUGUGUGUGCUCUCACAUUACAAAUAACGUUUAGCAACCGGGUAACAGGCAGUUUUGGCUGUGUUAUCGUGUAUUUUUGUCCUGAUAAUGGUAAAAGAGGCAGUAGAAAAUAUGUUUACACAUCCUUGAGGAUAGGAUAUUAUUAAGUUAGAUUGAGUGGUAUACAGGGCAGAUCAUUUGAACGUUGUCUUUAUCUGCUAGACUAGUUGGUUUGUCUUUUCUUUAUUGUGGUUAUAGUUUCUUUAAAUUUUUUUCUUUUUAAAAAUUUUUUUAAAUGCUUAUUUGUUAUCAAGAGACAGAGAGAGAGAGAGAGAGCAUGAGCAUAAGA